GGAAGGAAGAAUAUGAGCCAAACGAACAAGACCUGGGUAACAGAAUUCCUCCUCCUUGGACUUACUGAUGACCCUCAGACCCAGUUGCUGCUCUUUGUAUUGUUCCUGGUGGUCUACUUGGUUACUGUGCUUGGAAACCUGCUCCUCAUCUCCCUGGUUCUUUCUGACUCACAGCUUCAUACACCCAUGUACUUUUUUCUGUGCAACUUGUCUACAGCUGACCUCUGUUUCUCUACCACCAUUGUUCCCCAAGCCCUAGUCCAUAUGAUCUCCAGGAGAAAAUUCAUUUCCUUCAUGGGCUGUUCAGCUCAGCUUCUUUUCAUCCUCCUUUUUGGAUGUACAGAAUGUGCAUUGUUAGCUGUGAUGUCCUAUGACAGGUACUUAGCUAUCUGUGAGCCCAUGCACUAUCCUCUCAUCAUGACAUGGAAAGUGUGUAUCCAGCUUGCCUUAGGGUGCUGGGCCAGUGGAAUACUAGUGUCCAUGGUGGAUACAACAUUCACACUACGACCUCCAUACCAGGGGGAGAAUAGGAUUCCCCAUUUCUUUUGUGAGCCCCCAGCUCUCCUGGCGCUGGCAUCGGCAGACACCCACAGCUCACAGAUGGCCAUUUUCCUUAUGGGUGUGGUGAUUCUUCUUGCACCUGUGACCCUGAUCCUGGUCUCCUAUGGAUGUAUCAUAGUGACCGUUGUCAGGAUGAAGACAACCUCAGGGAGACUCAAAGCAUUCUCCACCUGUGGCUCUCACCUUAUUGUAGUUGUCAUUUUUUAUGGGUCAGCCAUAAUUUCCUAUAUGACACCCAAGACUGCUAAGGAGCAGGGGAAGCUGGUGUCUGUGUUCUAUGCAGUGAUAACCCCCAUGCUUAACCCUCUCAUCUACAGCUUGAAGAAUAAAGAUGUGAAGCGGGCACUCAGAAAUGCAGUUAUUAAGAGACCACUGGGUAGAUUCUGA